AUGGCGAGCUUGAUGCAACAGCAACCACAGGGAGUUAAUGGAGGUAGCAACCGCAUAGUAGCCGUCGAUGUCUCUCCCUCUAACAACCUUCCUGCACCAUCUCAUCAUGACGCCACCUCAAAUCCUGAGAAGCCUGGGUGGAAGAAGUUCCUGGCAUAUGUAGGUCCUGGCUUUCUGGUCUCCUUGGCCUACCUUGAUCCUGGAAACAUGGAAACUGAUCUGCAAGCUGGAGCUGCUCACAAAUAUGAGCUGCUCUGGGUAAUACUCAUUGGAUUGGUGUUUGCGCUUAUAAUUCAAUCGUUGGCUGCGAAUCUUGGCGUGUCCACGGGAAAACACCUUUCAGAAUUGUGUAAAGUCGAAUAUCCUUUAUUGGUGAAGUACUGCUUAUGGUUAUUAGCUGAGCUUGCUGUCAUAGCAGCAGACAUACCUGAAGUGAUUGGCACAGCCUUCGCGUUGAACAUUCUCUUCAACAUCCCUGUAUGGGUAGGAGUUCUGCUGACUGGCUGCAGCACCCUCUUGUUUCUUGGUCUGCAGAGAUUUGGGGUAAGGAAGUUGGAGCUGCUGAUAUCAGUGCUAGUUUUUAUAAUGGCUGGAUGUUUCUUUGGGGAAAUGAGCUACGUAAAACCACCUGUGUCUGGUGUAUUAAAAGGAAUGUUUGUGCCAAAACUAAGUGGUCAAGGAGCCACAGGCGAUGCUAUUGCUCUUUUGGGUGCCCUUGUCAUGCCGCACAAUCUCUUCCUCCACUCAGCUCUGGUCCUGUCUAGAAAAGUACCCAGUUCCGUGCGUGGCAUCAAUGAUGCAUGUAGAUACUUUCUCAUGGAAAGUGGGUUCGCACUGUUUGUUGCAUUCCUAAUCAAUGUUGCAAUGGUUUCUGUGUCCGGUGCUGUUUGCUCUGCUGACAAUCUUUCUGCAGAAAAUGCUGGUCAAUGCAACGAUCUUACCCUUAACUCUGCUUCUUUUCUUCUCAAGAAUGUGUUGGGACGGUCGAGCUCUACCAUUUAUGCCAUAGCACUGCUAGCCUCAGGACAAAGUUCAGCUAUCACUGGAACCUAUGCAGGGCAAUUCAUCAUGCAGGGUUUCUUGGACAUGAGGAUGAAAACAUGGAUUAGAAACUUUUUAACUAGGUGCGUUGCCAUAACACCUAGUCUUAUAGUUUCAAUCAUUGGGGGUUCUCAAGGGGCUGGUCGGCUUAUCAUCAUUGCAUCGAUGAUACUUUCAUUUGAGCUUCCAUUCGCUUUAAUUCCACUCCUUAAGUUCAGCAGUAGCAGUUCCAAGAUGGGACCUCACACGAAUUCUAUAAUUAUCAUUGUCUUGUCAUGGAUUCUGAGCUUUGGAAUCAUUGGUAUCAAUGUGUACUACCUCUCUACAGCCUUCGUGGGUUGGAUAAUUCAUAACAGUCUACCAAAGGUGGCAAAUGUGUUCAUCGGGAUCGUAGUGUUUCCUCUAAUGGCAGUUUAUGUUGGUGCAAUAAUAUACCUAACAUUCAGAAAAGACACUGUUCAGACAUAUACUGAGACAAAGAAUGAACCAGCAAUGCAAACCCACAUGGAGAAGGGGUUUAUGACUGAUGGUCAAUUAGAGUUGAGUGAAGUUCCCUACAGAGAAGACUUGGCUGAUAUCCCCCUACCUCAUUAG